UGACCCUGUUUCUGAGGCGUCUGAUGCGUAUUUAUAAAUAACAGUUUUAUCCUGCAGGUUGUGUUCGUUGUUAUACUUCGUCGCUUGACAGGUAAACGACAAGAAUGGUGGACAUGAAAACUAAUGUGAAUUUUGCAUGUCAACGAUGUCUACAGCCACUGAGGCUAGAUCCAAGUUUCAAUCAUCUGGGGGAACACACAUUAGCUGAAUUAUCACUACCGAUUCAACAACAAAUUAUUGGAGAAAUAGAACCACAUAACAGUAGUUUAGAGCAUUUAGUACCCCCGUUUCGACUCACAGAAUCUGCAAAUGGUUCCAAUGGAUUUAUGUUAGUUGGCGAUUCGGGCGAAACGGGAAGCUUAAGUCAUCAUUUAAGGGUACGGGCAACGCUUUUUGAUGUAUUAAGUAGUAGUAGCUCUGCUGAUCAUCCAUUGUGUGAUGAAUGUACAGAUAGCCUUUUAAUGCUAAUGGAUCAGCAGCUAAGGCUCACAGAAGGUGAAUGGUCGGACUACAAUGAAUAUCUUAAAAAAUUAGAAGCCGAACAGGUACAAGAGGGUAACGAAGAUAUUGAAAUUGAAGCGUUAGAAAAGGAAUUGCAAGACGUUAAAGCUGAAGAAGAAAGAAUGAUAAGUGAAUUGAAAGCAUUAAGAAAAGAAGAAGCAGCAACAAAGAGUGCAAUCGCUCAUCAAGAAAGAGAAAAGGAAAGGUUACAGAGUGAAGAGGAACGAUAUUGGAGAGAAUAUUCACGGCAUAGAAGAGAUUUAAUUUUAGCAGAAGAUGAAUGUCGCAGCUUAGAGUGUCAGUUAGCCUAUGCAGCAUCUCAACUUGAAAGACUGAAAAAAACUAAUGUUUUCAAUGCAACUUUUCACAUUUGGCACUCUGGUCAUUUUGGUACAAUAAAUUCCUUUAGAUUAGGUAGGCUACCAAGUGCACCUGUUGAUUGGAGUGAAAUUAAUGCAGCAUGGGGACAAACAACUCUCCUUUUAACUGCUUUAGCUAGAAAAAUGAAUUUAACGUUUCAAAGAUUUAGAUUAGUGCCAUUUGGUAAUCACAGUUACAUAGAAGUUCUCGAUCAGCAUAGAGAGCUACCAUUAUAUGGUAGCGGUGGUUUUAAGUUUUUAUGGGAUACAAAAUUUGAUGCAGCUAUGGUUGCCUUUCUUGAUUGCUUACAGCAGUUUAAAGAACAAGUCGAAAAGGGUGAUAGCGGAUUUUGUCUUCCAUACAGAAUGGAAAGAGGAAAAAUCGAAGAUUCUGCAUCAGGAAAUUCAUAUUCAAUCAAAAUCCAAUUUAAUUCUGAGGAACAGUGGACCAAGGCCUUAAAAUUUUUACUCACUAAUUUAAAAUGGGGACUCGCUUGGGUUAGUUCUCAAUUUACAAAAGAUGAUACUGAACAUUAAUCUCAAAUGAUCUCAUCCCACAAAUCAUUACCACAAAUGUGUUAUCAGAAUGUUUACAAAAAGGCUGUUCAAUGUACAUAUAUUCUGUUUGUAAAUAAAUCGAUUGU